AUGUUUAGUCUUGAACUUUAUUGUGUUGAAAGAAAUUUAAGCAAAGAUCUGAAAAUUGUUGAUAUGGGUAAUGUUAGUGGAGCCAAUAUUAACAAUAAAGAAAGCUUACUUGAAGACGAACUAUUCGCUCCUGAAAUUAUCGAUGAAUUAUAA